AUGGCAUCAGGCGUUGUGCUGACGGCCUGGUGGGUCUAUGUCUUGACCACUUUGCUAUGGUGCACAGACGCCAUCGCCACGGGAGCCUUGUUCGACGUGUACAUGAGCGACCUCGCGCGGAAGCAGGGCUACACCCAUCCCAAUGAGCUGAUCGGCAUUUUGGAGUCCACGCGUGGCCUGACCUGCGUGGUGGCGGCGGUACCUCUAGGCUAUUUGUCGGACCGCUUCGACCGGCUUCGGGUGCUGCGAGCUGUCUCCUGCAGCUUUGGGCUUCUCGGUGCUUUUGUGCUUGCAAUUAGCAUCCUCUCCGAGCAUUUGGAGUGGGCCAUUUUUGGCUUGGGGCUCUACGCAGUGCACCUGCAGGCCGCCAGCGGCGCUCUGGACGUGCUCUUGGCAGACGCCCUGCCAAAGGACAAGCGCACCCAAGCCUACGCUUGGCAGCGCACCCUGCAGACUUCUUCCAGGGCCCUGGGGCCUUUCCUGCAGGCGCUGCUGCUGAGCUUGCCGGGCCUGGCAGUGGACCGGCUGCUGGUCUCCGGGUUUUUCGGCCUCGUAGCGUUUGUGCUCAUUCUGAUGCCGCUCAGCUCCCCGGGGGUAGAAGACACAGCUUCACAGGCCUUGCAGGCCAACAACGAAGGUGAUUUGCAUGACAAGGUCCUGGGCAUUCCAAAGCACAUCUUGGUGCCAGGACUGGUCCUGACUUUCACAAGCUGCGUUGCCAUCGGAGGCGGCAUGUCUCUGAAGUUUUUCCCUCUCUUCUAUCACCUCGAGUACGGCCUCUCUGACAUGCAGAUUUGCUGGAUCAUGGGUGGCUACUGGCUGAUGUCGGCGCUGGGCAGCUCGCUGGCAGCGCGCGCGGCCAGGAGCUGCCGCCGCACCCGGGCGGUGAUGGGCUUCACGGUCUCCGGCAUCACCAUGCUGUUCUUAUUCGUUCUGAUCCAGCCACUUGGGUGGAAUCUUCUGGUUUUCGAGCUGCGGACGAUGCUCAUCAAUGCACACACGGGCCUGAACAUGGCCCUGAGCAUGGAGUACGCCUUGCCGCGGCUGCGGGGCCGCUGGGCCGCCCUGGGCAGCCUGAACCGCGCCUCGUUCGCUGGCAGUGCUGUGAUGGGCGGCGUGCUGACGGAUUCCCUGGGCUACCGCGGCGCAUUUUCCGUGACAGGAACCGCUCCCCUCUCGAUCCGCGCGAUGGCGCCAAAGAAGAAGCCUCAAAAGGCGGAGGGCGAGAGCGAUGCCUUUGAAGAGUUCCUCAAGAGGUACGCGAAAAGCCAGAAGGAGUUCGACACCCCCAAGAUCGCCAGAGUCCAAGAAAUCAUCCAGAAGGUGGAGGAAGGCGAAGAGAUGAAGAGUUGGAACUUCGAUUCAGAGUUUGAUGCCAUGGCCUUCCAGAUCCUGUGUCACACCUUGCGGCAGGCCGCCUACAAUGAUAUCGAGGCCAUCCGGCUUUGGAAGUGCGGUGAUGGCGACAAGGCGGUGCGAAGUGUGUGCUACUACUUGGAGGGCCAGACGGGUGAGCAGGGAGUGAAGGACGUGCAUUUCGCGGACAACGGAAUCACCGAGCUGGGCUGUGAGUUCCUGGGGCGGACCCUGGGGCCGCAUGGCAACAGACUGGUCAACCUGCUGCGACUGGACUACAAUCAGUUCGGCACGCCGGGUGUGGAGAAGCUUUCUCAGGGGCUCAGUCAGAACUGCACGCUGAGACAGCUCUCCCUGAACUACUGUGGCAUCGGCGAGGAGGGUGGCCAGUACAUUGCGCACAUCCUCAUGUUUUACAAGAGUGCCCUGGAAAAGCUGGAGCUGCAGGGCAACUACUUGAAAGAGCGAGGCGUGGUGGACGUCUUCAACGCGUGUAAGCGCAAGACGGCGCUCACUGAAAUCAACGUCUUCGACAACAAGUUCACCGACACGCCGGAGGUGGUCAAGGCGCUGCGGGAGCUGUUCGCUAACAACCUUACCCUGGCAGUCUAUGACCUUGGAGGCAACCAGAUCAGCGACGAGGGUGCCAUGAAGCUGUGGCACGGGCUUCUGGGCCAAAGCCACGUGGAAAAGGUUCGCAUCACCGAGCGCUGCAGCACGAAGACCCAUGAGCAAAUCAAAGACCAGCUGGGCAGCGGCAAAACGAAGAAGAAGGGCAAGAAGAAGUGAUGGCGGGACCUGGGGCGCUCCCAUUGAGAGACAAUAUGAGAAACAUUGAACUGAUUGCGACGAGGCAAUCUUGCACUGGAAUCAAAGGAAUCUCUAGGAGCACUUGCGUCCACAGACCAAUUCGUGUG